AUGCAGUUGACCCGAAACACUUGGUGGGGCCCGGUUGAGAUGGCCGCCGUGCGGCAUCGCCAGAGGCAGCCCGUGACGACGUCGAAUUGGCUUGGGAGUUGGCGGCGGAGGGCGGAGAUCUCGGCUGACCCGAAGAAGAAGCAGCGUUGCACGGGGUUGUUGUCGAGGGGGAUGGGAUCCCCCUCGGCAUCUGGGUCAUAUUCGCGAGACUUCAGUGGGCCCCACGCAUCGAGGAGGUGUCGUUCCCAGACUGGUAAGAUGGACGGUGCGUGGGCCCCACGGGAAAUCUCACCCACGGCAGACAUAAGCUGGACGAGACCCGCGCCAUCACCCAUGACAUGGUUGACGCGCCAUCCGAUGAUAAACCCACCACAUUUUAGGCGAGCUGUGACGAGAUCGAAUGUGGUGCAGCGACAGCUGAGGCGACGGCGGAGGGCGGAGAUCUCGACUGAACCGAAGAAGAAGGAGCGUUGCACGAGGUUGUGGAGCGGAAUGGUAUCUUCGUCUGGCAAGGGAUCGUACUCGAGGUGCACGCGGGUGACACGAGGUGGGUCCCGCGCACUAAGGAGGUGUCGCUCCCAAACUGGGAGGAUGGAAGGGCUCUGGGCCCCUAGAGCUAGCUCGCUGAUGGCCGACAUAAACUGGACGAGACACGUGGCAUCAACCAUGGUGUGGUUGAAGCGGAGGGCGAAGAUGAACCCUCCGCAUUUGAGGCGACAUCAACGGACAACCGGUGACUCCGCCAGAGCCUGGGACAUCGUAAAGCAGCUCUUCAAAGCAAUCGAACGGCGGCUGAGGGCUGACUCCAAACUCCGCAAGCGACACGUCAGCAUCAGCCUCAAUGAACAAAACUCCCUCGCCGGUGCACUCCACCACCAGUUUCCUGCCGGUGACUUCUCUCAGCCGCCCGGCCAAUGG